GGAGGACGAGGUGGAAGUAAUAUCAAGCCAGCACCCACUGAGCAGCCGUACAGUCCUGGGAGUAGCGCCGUCGCUUCUGAAAAGAAGAAGAGAGUGAGCAAGUCAGUCAUUUCGAGCAUGAGCAGAGCAUACUUACGUCUGAUAAAUCUAUAAUUUUUUUAACAUAUAGAUUAGAAAGCAAGUCCUCAUUGAUUUAGGACGAAAAAAUAUGUUCGUUGUUGAACAAGUAUGACCAUCUUCAGCGUUGGUUCGUCGAUGACCUUUUGCUUUUACUCUUUUUUCCAACAUUCUUCUAAGUUGUGCAGAGCACACGCGAACCUCGGAUCAUGGGUUGCUAGAGCUGUCGGAUACAUGGGAUGACGAGAAAUUGCGGCCAACGACCCUAAACUUCCACGAUAGCGAGUCGAAAAAAGCCGAAGAUCGCACCGUCUUGAGCAUUGUUCGAAUUAGUGAAGAACUCGAUGCUUUUCUUAAGGCUGUCGCCUCUUAUUUCGUAGUGCUAAGCCUUCUAGAAGAGGGGGUGGAUCAUCAUCCUUCAAGACCAUGGAAGAUCAGUUAUUGAGUGAGACGUUUUCUAGUACAAGCAUCGCUCGAGUAGACGCGACAGAAGGUUCAACUUCUAACUGUGCCGCCAGCACGACUUUUGACGCACAGACAAACAAGAUACAACAGCAGACUGUAUUUGGUAGCUCAUCCUCUCAGGAGGACGAGAUUAAUUCGUCGUGCUGCGUCGUGCAUGAUGGAGGGCGACUUACACAUGACCUUGGUGAAGCAAGUGCGAAGGCUUUGUUACUCAGUGGUAGGACGCAAGAUUCUCGCAAAGAG